AUGAACAACGGAUAUCUCCAUCAAAGCAAAUUGCUCACGUAUUCUGAAUUGCGAGUUAAGUGGAUGCCAACAGUGCUCCUUUUGGAAGUACUACCUGCUCAUGCACAAGUUGAGAGAACGUGUCCUGCUGCAGUGAACGAACAACGAGGAAAGAGCAUCACCGCUGAGCGACUGCAGCAGCAACAGCAGCAGGCCGAAUGUACGACUGCUUCUUCAGUUCCGCAUGCUUUCCGUUUUGUUGUACGUCAACAACCUACAACACUAAGGGAUGUGGCAUGUCAGUGUGGUGGUAAUGAUAGUGAACAUGCUGAUGAUGAUAACGAUGGUGAUAGCGGCGACAGCGAGGGCGACAGUGGUGAUGAAGAAAACGACGGUCUUCUGGCUUCCUGUGGUCCAUCAGCAAAUUUACCUUUUAAAAUCAGCACUGCCUGCAAAAGACCGGUGGUAACGUUUCGUUCGCCAUUAAGUCGCAUGAAACUGUUAAACGAGCUGGAAACUGAAGCUGCACCUCUGCUUGCUGGCACAUUUGCUGAUACCCCUUUAACUACCCUGAUAUCAUCAUCAUCACCACCAUCAUCGUCAACAUCACCACCAGCAUCAACAACAACAAGGGCAGUGGCGAACACAGUCAGUCGUGAACGUUCAGUCGGUUUUUCUGGACUGCUUCAGCCGAAGAAGCAUGCAUAUAGCAUUGCUCCAGUAGUUGGGGAGUAUGCAGUGGUACCAUCAUCAUGUUAUGAUCUCAUCGAGCCAGUGGUUCGUGUAAGGCGUCUUGCGUUGCCACGAAGCGCUAGUGAUUCCAAAAUGAGCACCAAAACCAGGCGACAACCGAAACUGGUAUUUGCCACAACACGAGCACGUGGCUCACGUUGUACAGCUACUGACGAAUUAGGUCGUUUAACUGCAGAUAUUGCGGCCGAGAAUCCAGAUAUGAUCCAUUUCCAACAAGUACUCAAUGCAUGGAUAACCAAAAAAUAG